GCCAGCAGUCCAAGCGUUAAAUGAGUGACCAUUCUACAGUACUACUGUAUGUAUAGUCACUCACUAUGUCACUCCCCUCCUCUACAGUACGGUUGAGCCUUCUACCAAAGCAGCAGCCGUCAAAUCCGAAGAAAUCCAAAAGACCCAUUCUUGUCCUUUGAUUUUCAACGCUCCCAUUUCAAACUUCUCGUGAACUUCGAAGACUAAUUACGCUUCCUUCCCCCCAUCCACCUCACAGAUUUUCUGUGUUUCCAUGUGUCUGUCCUUGACUUCUCUAUCCAACUUUUUUUGGCUUUGCUUUUCAAAAGUACCCCAUGUCCGUAUCUUUUUAUUAUUCAUAAGCAUGCAUUCAUUCUUUUUAUUAUAUAUAAAUAAACAAAUUGUUUUAUUUGCGUUCACUUUGCUGUAGCCGGCCGGCCUGAAGGUAGUAAAGAAGAGAAGAGUUUGAAACAUUGAGGUAGAAAAUAAUAUCGCAUACUGCAAAGCGAAGUGGUUAUCAAUUUCUUGACGUGAUGGAUGGGAGGCGUCACUCUGUUGAUAUUCCCAUAUCAAGAACGCUAGUUGCACUUAGAAGAGUGAAAUCCCUUAGGGACCCGACGACUAAUUCAAUGGGGAAACUCUCUGCAUUCGUCGACAAUCUGAAUUGGGAAAACAAUUCAAUUUUUAACAAUGGGAAUAGUUUAGGGUUUCAAGAAAAUGACAAUGACCCGGAGGAUUACAGUGUUACAAAACCCAGCUCAAGAUUGUUUUCACAUGAAUCCCCCUACUGGGGGGUUGGGAAUGAUGAUGAAGGCAGGGUAGAUGUUAAUGGUUUUGAUUCAGGUAGCAACGGUUGUGGCAUAAGCUCGUGCUGGUUGGUUACGCCGAGACUCAGAGGAUCAAAUGUCAUUCGAGAUAUACAACAUCAGCAACAACCCCUUCUCUCAUCAUUGGAGCACUCAUCUUUGGAGGCAACCAAUUACUCCUACCAGAGGAAAUUCAGACCAAAAUCUUUCAGUGAGUUGGUUGGACAAAGUGCCGUUGCAACUUCUCUUUCAAACACAAUCACAAAUGGAAGGAUAAAUCCGCUGUAUCUUUUUCAUGGUCCACGUGGGACCGGGAAAACAUGUGCUGCUAGAAUCUUUGCAGCAACACUAAACUGUCUUUGUGUUUCGCCGGGUGAGGAUGAGGAGAAACCGUGCGGUCAUUGCCUAGAAUGUGUUCUCUUCUUUUCGGGAAGGGGCACAGAUGUCAAAGAAGUCGAUUGCUUGAAGAUCAACAAAGCGGAACGGAUCAAACAGCUGAUGAAGAGUGGAGCGAUACCCCCACUCUCCUCCCGGUUCAAGAUUUUUAUCUUUGAUGAGUGUCAACUAUUGGAAGAGGAAACAUGGGGAGUUAUUUUGAAUGGCCUCGAUGAGAUAGUUCAACAUCGGGUGGUCUUCAUAAUGAUUACUCCGGAUGUUGAUAAGCUACCUCGUGCUGUUGUGUCAAGGUCACAGAAGUACCAUUUCCCUAAGAUUAAAGAGGUUGAAAUUGCUAACUGCUUAGGGAAAAUAUGUGAAGAAGAAGGGCUUGAGUUUGAACAUGAUGCUUUGGGGUGUAUUGCACGUAAAUCAAACGGCUCACUUCGUGAUGGAGAGAUAAUGCUUGAACAGCUGAGUUUGCUUGGCAAAAGAAUUACUGCGCCAUUAGUUUACGAGCUAACUGGAGUGGUCUCUGAUGAUGAAUUAAUGGAGUUAUUGCAUCUCGCAUUGUCAUCUGAUACUUGUAGAACUGUUAAAACAGCCAGAGAGCUGAUGAGAUCACGGAUAGAUCCCAUGCAGCUGAUAUCACAAUUGGCAAAUCUCAUAAUGGAUAUUCUUGCUGGAAAGAGAGCCAUCGAAGGCCGCUUCUCUGAAGUUGGUGCAGUGCAACUUAGUCACGCCUUAAAAAUACUUUCUGAAGCAGAGAAACAAUUGAGGACGUCAAAGAGUCAGUCUACCUGGCUCACUGCUUCCCUCCUACAGCUUAGCUCCAUCGGUUCGUCAGUGGAUGCCAGUGAGGCAAGGCUGUGCAGCAGAACAGUGUACCCGCAAGAUGGAAACUGUUGCAGCAGCACGUCCUCUUCUACGGGUGAGAGUUUAAAGCUACUUGCAAAUUAUGGGCAUGAAGAGGAGACUGGGUCGUGUCAGGUUCGGCUGCAGGAUGAUAAAGAAACUCUGAGUUCUAUAUGGAGUAGAGCUAUAGCAAAAUGUGAAUCCAGUUCAUUAAAGAGUUUUUUGCUGAGGCGGGGGAGCUUGUCGUCCAUUUUUUUGAAGCAAGGUUUAGCAAUUGCUGAACUGAAGUUUUGUCACCCUGAUCAUGUAUCAACCGCCGAGAAGUCAUGGAAAUCGAUAGCCAACGCGCUUCAGCAGACUCUCUGCUGCAAUGUAGAGAUAAGAAUCAAUCUGGUGAGUGGUGACUUUUCACAAAACCGCUCCUUAGCAAAAAAACUGUCCUUUGGCCUGUUUGGUUGCUCGCGUAGGGAACACCACAGACCAGAAUUUUCCCAUGAAUUGAGAAGCAACCGGUCAGAGAUAUCCGAUUUUGCUUCAAAGAAAGUCAUAGAAAAGUGCCCCUCCCGGCUUAUAUCUCAAACUUCACUUUCUUGUGAGCAACCUAAAGCAACCGUGAGAACCAUAAGAGACAAUGAUGGGAAUGCUUUGACCCUAGGCAUGAUCAAUAAUGACUGGACAGGCUUGGACAUCCUUGCAUUAGAUCAGCAAGAGAAGGAUCAUCAUGGCUGUUUUCCAAGAAGUGUCAAGCAUCUAAAGAGAUCAUUCUCAUCAAAUGAUUCUCGGAUGAUACGUCGAUUGGGUCAGCCGUCAAGAAAUUGGGCAUUGGCAAACCCAUCAGACAAAACAUCUGAAACCCCAUUCUAUGCUAGCGAUCCUCGCAUCUCUUGCAGCCAGCAAAGUAAUUGCUACCCUGGGAAUAAAGACAUCAGUUCUAGAUCUUCAAAGUUUCACUGCUUGAGGACUGUAAUUUCGCCAUUCAGGAAGGCUUUAGGGCUGAAGCGUCAACCUGAAAAUGCGCAUCUUCAAUUGGACAUGCCUUGCGCUCCUGCUCAGUGAUGAACUGGCUCACUAUUAAAGAGGAGAGGCUUUUCGACCACAAAAUGUGAAAGGGGGUGCUGGCCGUGCUGCUAUAUAGUACACGUUUUUAUUGGUAUAUAAUUUGCAUGGGUGGUGGAGAGUAGAGUAGCCUGAAAGGAAGUGGGAUCAAGUGAACUUCUUUGUAUACAUGAUUGUAUCUUGGCUUUACUCCGAUUCAGGUCAUCUGGACGGGAAAAUUGUCAUAAUCUAAUGUCAUUGCUAUGAAUUUUGCCUAUUAAUAGUUCAAAGCAAAGUAUGGUUUAAUAUUUUGCUGUUAAUCUAUUGUUUU